GAGAGCAUACUGUGAAGGCUUUUCAAGAAUUCUCUAGUAUGGCUAAGAAAAGCUGUUUCCAGUUACAUCAGGUAAUAUCCUUAUUUGCUUUUGCCUUUGGGGUUAACGUCUGUGUAGGAUUUACAGCAAAUCGAUUCAGAAGAUCUGAAGACUGGGAUGAGGGUGCAAUCUCAGUCCUGUCUGAUUCCCCCUGGAUCAGUACUUCUGGGUCCUGCAAAAGCAGAUGCUUUGAGCUUCAAGAGGCUGAGCCCCCGGGCUGCCGUUGUGACAACCUGUGCAAGAGCUACAACAGUUGCUGCUUCGACUUUGAUGAACUAUGUUUAAAGACAGCUCGAGGCUGGGAAUGUACCAAAGAUCGCUGUGGAGAGGCAAGGAAUGAAGAGAAUGCCUGUCAUUGUUCUGAAGACUGCUUGACCAGAGGAGACUGUUGUACUAAUUAUCAAGCUGUAUGCAAAGGAGAAACUCACUGGGUGGAUGAUGACUGUGAAGAGAUAAAAACUCCUGAAUGCCCAGCUGGUUUUGUUCGCCCUCCUUUGAUCAUCUUCUCUGUCGAUGGCUUCCGUGCAUCAUACAUGAAGAAAGGGAGUAAGGUCAUGCCCAACAUUGAAAAACUAAGGAGUAUUUAUCGGAAGAUAUGGAUUACUGCUACCAAGCAAGGGGUGAAAGCUGGGACAUUCUUCUGGUCUGUUGUCAUCCCCCAUGAACGCAGAAUAUUAACAAUACUGCAGUGGCUAACCCUACCAGACAAUGAAAGGCCUUAUGUUUAUGCUUUCUACUCUGAACAACCAGAUGCUGCUGGUCACAGAUAUGGUCCUUUUGGCUCUGAGGAGAGUAGUUAUGGCUCACCUCUUACUCCGCCUAAGAGACCUAAGAGAAAGAUUACUCCUAAGAGGAGACAGGAAAGACGAGUUGCAUCUCCAAAGAAAAGAAGAAAAGUACAUAGAGUGGAUCAGUAUUCUGCGGAAUCCCGUCGGAACAAAAUGAUAAAUCCCCUGAGGGAUAUUGACAAGACUUUAGGACAAUUAAUGGAUGGACUGAAGCAGCUGAAACUACAUCGAUGUGUCAAUGUUAUCUUUGUUGGAGACCAUGGAAUGGAGGACACCACUUGUGAAAGAACUGAAUUUUUGAGUAACUAUCUGACUAAUGUAGAAGAUAUCGUAUUGGUGCCUGGGUCAUUAGGACGCAUUCGCCCUCGAUCUAAUAAUAAUCUGAAAUAUGAUCCUAAAGUAAUUGUUGCCAACCUCACAUGUAGAAAGCCAGACCAGCACUUUAAACCUUAUUUGAAACAGCACCUUCCCAAGCGUUUGCACUAUGCUUACAACAGAAGAAUUGAGGAUAUUCACUUAUUGGUGGACAGAAGAUGGCAUGUGGCAAGGAAAUCCAUGGAUGUUUAUAAGAAACUAUCAGGAAAAUGCUUCUUCCAUGGCGAUCACGGAUAUGACAACAAGAUCAAUAGUAUGCAGACUGUCUUUGUAGGCUAUGGUCCCACAUUCAAGCACAAGACCAAAGUACCUCCAUUUGAAAAUAUUGAACUUUACAACAUUAUGUGUGAUCUGCUUGGAUUAAAGCCCGCUCCUAAUAACGGAACCCAUGGAAGUUUAAAUCACUUGCUGAGGAGCAAUGCAUUUAAACCGACCAUGCCAGAUGAAGUUGCAAGGCCGCUCUAUCCUGUAGCUGCAUUUUCUGCAUCUGAAUUUGAUUUGGGCUGUACCUGUGAUGACAAGAACAAGUUGGAUGAACUCAAUAAGCGCUUUCAUGUCAAAGGAACAGAAGAGAAACACCUCCUGUACGGACGUCCUGCGGUGCUUUAUCGUACCAAGUACAAUAUCUUACAUCACCAAGACUUUGAAAGUGGUUACAGUGAAACAUUCCUGAUGCCUCUCUGGACAUCGUACACUAUUUCAAAACAGGCAGAGGUAUCUGGUGUCCCUGAGCAUCUGUCUAACUGUGUGAGGCCUGAUCUGCGCAUUUCUCCAGGAAACAGUCAGAGCUGUUCAGCCUACAGAGCAGAUAAACAAAUGACUUAUGGAUUCCUUUUUCCUCCUCAACUAAGUUCCUCUGCAGAAGCUAAAUAUGAUGCCUUUCUAAUAACAAAUAUCAUUCCAAUGUAUCCUGCCUUCAAAAAGGUAUGGAAUUAUUUUCAAAGGGUUUUGGUGAAGAGGUAUGCAACUGAACGAAAUGGAGUAAAUGUCAUAAGUGGACCAAUCUUCGAUUAUGACUAUGAUGGUUUACAUGACACGCCAGAAAAGAUAAAACAGUAUGUGGAAGGCAGUUCAGUUCCAGUUCCAACUCAUUACUACAGUAUCAUAACUAGCUGUUUAGAUUUCACUCAGCCUGCUGAUAAAUGCGAUGGGCCACUAUCCGUUCUUUCAUACAUACUUCCCCACCGGCCUGACAAUGAUGAGAGCUGCAAUAGCUCAGAGGAAGAAUCCAAGUGGGUUGAAGAUCUCCUGAAGAUGCACACCGCACGAGUGCGUGACAUUGAACAAAUUACUAGCUUGGACUUCUUCCGAAAGACCAGCCGAAGCUACACAGAAAUUCUCUCCCUAAAGACAUACCUGCAUACGUUUGAAAGUGAAAUUUAACUUUCUAAUUUUACUCAGUGCAUCCUUCUAUCAACUGGUGUAUAUUUUUGUAUUGUUUUUAUAUUUAUUAAUUUGAAACCAGGACAUUAAAAAUAUUAGUAUUUUAAUCCUGUAUCAAAUCUUAAAUAUUAAGCCCUUGUGUCCGUUGUUUUGUUUCUCUAAUGUUUAAUGUAGGUAUGGGUUUUUAGUGUGCUUGUAAUACUGCAGCUUGCAUCCUUAGUCACAGUUUUUAAGUGGUGCUGCAGAAUCGAUACUUACAUUGAGGAAAUAUUAAUUUUCCAGUGCUCCUUUGCCAUGUUUGUAGUCCUGUACUGUAUAUCAAAAUACUGAACAUGUAAAAUUACAUUAAUUUACUGUUAACUAUAUGACAGAAAUAUUUAAACCCUUUAGACAAAAAGAAUCUUAAAUA